AUCAACAUCUCCUCACACUCUGCAGUCUCCGCCUUAAGGGUGAGAGAAGAAUGAGGAAGUGCCCUCUAAACUUGGUGCGUAAAGGCAGAGGAGUUAAAGUUCGUGGGAGGAGUUUCACUUUUUAUCGAUCAGACCCUGAGGUGAUCGUCUUCUAACACCCACUGGCUUUAUUUUCACCAUAACCUCCGCUUGAUACAGGUAAGCGUUUUAAUCCAAUUCAGUUGUACCCAUAGACUCCAGAUGUUGCCAGAGUUACCGCGCUAAAGCUGCCGUUUUUGUUUUUGAUAUAAUGUCAUUAGUGUUUGCAUACGCAUACAGGGAUUUUAAUCAUACUUUACAGUCUUAUGGAGAGAGUUUAAGUUUUUCACUGGAACCAUUAACAGGUCAGAGCGCCUGUUUGGGCCAGCUGUGCGUAAAACUGCCGCUGGUUUUGUGGUCGGGGCUGACAAGAGUAGAUAACAGAGGAAAAGAAAAAAACAAACAACAAUAUAAAAAAAAUCUUAAUUAACGACUGUUUUUUAAAUGUAUUCUUUAUUUUUGCUAAUGGUAACAUUCGUCUUGGUAUCAUAUAGAACAUUUCAGGUAUUUCUCAAGAACAGGCGUUUACUUUCGAUUUUCCAGAGACGGAUAUGAGGGUGGAGUCAAGAAAUGCAAAUAGAAAAAAAAACCAACCUCCUCCUCUUUCAAACUGCCUUUAGAUUUUGUGCUGACUUUUCUGUUUCUCUGCAGAUCAUGGAGAAACCAGAGUCAUCCACGGGAGCUCAAGGUAUGUGUCUUUAUAGGUGAACUAAAACAGCAGCAGAUUCUUCUUCAGGACUUUACUCUUUCUCUAAGAGUACAGGAACUUUCUUUAAAGUUUGCUGCUUCAUUUAUUAGGACCUGCUUAAACAGAGUUGAACUACAUGAUCUGGUCUUCAUCUUUAUUAUCCCCCCGGGGGGCAAUUUGCUUCACAGCCAGCAGUUUACACACAUUUCUCACAACAGUUUAGACACAUUUAACAACAAAACAUAUGUAACAGUGCAUUGGCAUCAGAAUAAAUCAAAAUCGUAUAAAAAGGUGUUGAAUUAAAUCUUUUUAAUAUAGUUUUCUUGAGGUUGAGUCACUUGAAAACUACGUCUGGAAGUGGUCAGUGGUCUGCAGAGAUGUGAUAAGAAAGAGGACGGGUUUGAGGGCUGGGUUUGUUUAUAUUACUCCUGGAGAUUUAUGUGUUUACGACUCGAGUUUAAAACCCCCUCAAAAAAUGAGCUGUUUCAUCUCAAUUGGCUAUCCUUAAUAAAUGGAAUUAAACUGACUAUGUAUAAAUCACAUAACUCAACUGGUUAAAAAGAAAAAAACAGACUAAAACUGAUACUGAUGCCUCUUUAUGACCUUUGAAAGCACACAAGACCAUCAGCAACAAGACUGAGAAGUUUGUCUGUUGUACUCUUUAAUGCCUGGAGUUGCAGUGAGGGAGAAGAUGAUCGACAGGAAGCUGAAGAAACAGUUUUUUCAUCGCAGAUACUCACAGGAAGGAUGAGCUAAGAGGAACGUUUUUGUCCUCUUGAGGUGGCAAAAUCAAAAGUUCCUGACAGCAGCUUAUCGUUUGAGUCCUUUUUGCGCCCUCUUUGGGCAAAGAUCUACACUGAAUGUCGAUCUUAUCACUUAAAAGGAUAUUACGGCGUAAAAUUAAGUUAGGGUCAAACACCGAGUUAGACACUGAAAAAGUAAGGUACUGAAAUGCUGAUCUUGUUGCCGGUUGUCUUGUUUGUUUUCAUGAGAUAUAAAAAGACUCUGGAGUCAAUUUCAGUCUGCUGUAAAAGCUCUUAAAAACUCUCUGCAGUAAGUGACUGUAAUGAAAAGAGGAGUUGUAUUAACUUUGGUGCCAUGAUGGAUAACACCACAUAAGAAACAUGAGAACCUAAGUGAGGCCUGUUGGUCUUUUCACUGUCACUGUAAAAGGACUCUCAGCCAGUCCAAAAGGAAAUACCAAUAAAAACUGUUGUUCAUAUUUGCAGGUCCUCCCGUUCCAACAAUGUUUGCCGACGACAACAGCGUUAUCACCCAGAGAAACAUAAAAUUAAAAUCAAAAUCCAUCAAGAUGAACAUCGAAACAGGCGGAGAUUCAGACAGUGAAUCUGAUUCAGACAGUGAAUCUGGUAGGUAUUAUUGUUCCUCAUGUUCGCAACACUACAUGUUUGAGUCGAGGAUGCAGCUUUCCCUUCCUUCUUGAACUUGUUUCCUUCCUUGUUUAGGGAAAACUCCUGGACCAGCCUGUCGAGCAGAUUUUACUUCAACGAACAACAGUGUGAUCUGUACUGACAACAUAGAAGGCGAUUGUGACGAAAUCAAUCUGUCGAUAUCUACAAAAAAACGGCGAGGAGGUAACUUUUCACUUUUUGCCCAAAACAACACUUCCUCUGUAUACCGGGUCAUGCUAACUUUGUUCCUUUUACAGGUAAAGCAGCUGAGACGCCUUCCCCUCAGGUACACAUCAAACAAAGUGGAAAAAUAGCAAACUCAACAUGCUGACCCAUGAAAAUCUUAAAGGAUUGAUCUCAAAGUGGCUCAAAGUACCAGUUUCCCUAAACCUGCGUUUCCUUUUAGGGCCCUGCUGGGAAAUUCAUCGUUGAGCAGAAGGUGAAGCUGACCGACUGGCUGAGUGGAGAUCACACCUUCAUCCUUCAGCAUGUGCAAUCCAAAGGGAUUGUUACACGCAGACAAUACGAUAAUAUUAAGCAUAGCUCCAUUCCAGAAAAAGCCGUUAUUGCAAUAAUUGAUCAGGUGUUGAGUAAUGGUGAGGAUUCCUGCAAGGACUUUCUCCAACUUCUCAAAGAUCCUGAAAUUAUGAAGACCUACCCUCAGCUCAAAGAGAUCGCUGAUAAAAUCUAACAAGCAACAGACGCAUCAAUAGUCAGGAUGUAAAUCUGCAUCUAUGUAUACAAAUCUAUAUUUUUGAUGCACUUUUUUUGGGCUUUAAAACGAUUUAUAAAUGAGAAUGUAUUAGACAAAAAUCUAAGAUGGUUUUAACCUGUCUUUUUUUACUUAUUUUUUCAAUGCCAGUUUUAAGAAUUAAAAUAUAAUCAUUCAUUAAAAUCCAUCCUCUUCCUUUUUUGUAGAGACGCACUUAUUAUAUUGAACUACAACCAAGAGUGUUUAGAGGCCGGUGUUAUCUGUUAAAUUAAACACUAUUAAAUGUCCUCUCAUGACACUGCCUCUGAAAGGAUCAAUGUUUUGUGUGACAAAGUUUAGGCUUCAGUGUUACAGCCGUCUGGAGAGGUAGGUGAAAUGAAAAGAGACUACAUUUCUAAGUGACUGAAAACAUUUAAUCCACAAAUGAUUGAAGGUGCAGGCAGUGUGUAAAUAUUCAGCGAACUACUCCAAUCGGCAAGAAUCGACAAGCAAAGGUGGCUUUUGAGGUCCAAAAGCUUUAAUGAAACAUCAUAAUUCAGCAGCUAGUUAAACUUUUACCUUUUAUGAAUAAUAAAUCAAUUCUAUUUGUGCUUUAAUUCCUUUGUAAUCAAAUGUGCAGACACCGAAUUGACUUCUAAAAGUCUCAGACAGAAAAUUGCCAUGGUAACGUCCAAAAACUUAGUGUAGAAAUGCAGCACUGUGCGCCUUAUCACCCUGACCACAGGAGGUCGCUAUUGCACAAGUAAAAGUUAAAGACACCUGGGAAGUGUGGGGAGAGCACAAUUGUGUCUGUUUAAUUUAAAUUUAUGACAUUUUUCUUUUGAAACAUUAACAAACAGGCUUUUUAAUCCAGAAUACUGGGACAAAAACCUGUUAGUGUUUGUUUUAUCUGCAGAAUUAAUUCAUUAAUUUAUCAAAUUUCAUGAUGGUAAAUGUGAAUAAAUUGGAAAAAGUUUGUUUCACCUUUAAAAACCAUCAGAUCACAGUGUUUAGAGUGCAGACUCAUCCAAAUGCUUCUGCUCUGGUAAUAAAUACAAACAGAAAAACAUUAAAAAAGUGAAUUUGAAUACUCUGACUCACUCAAACCCCCUCGGCCUCUCCGUCUAGAUGAGAGGCUUCGGGUACCUGGCUGUGGACCAAGAGAACUGUGGAUGUGCGGCGUAAGAGUGCAGAGGAAAGGUGGCUGAAGGGUCUCUCUGGAAUGGAAACAGUCUGACGCACUUGGUAGAUCAUAAAACGGCAGCAGGAUUAGCGCGAGCCUUUGGGGACGGGGAAUGACAAACACACUCACACCUCCCCAGAAGUCUGUGUGUGAUUCACUACUUCAGUUUUUUUCUCCUAUUUCUGCGGAUCUUAGCCAUCCUGAGGCUCAGGGAUCCAACUGUGAAAGAUUUGUCAAGGGAAUUGAAUCAUUUACAGAGUUUAAAGGUUUUUUAAAUCUGUCGAUGCACCCUUGAGAUUGACAGUAAACCACUUUCAAUUUUCCUUUUCCGCUUACCUUGUAUGUUGACAGCUUGUGUCGACUCAUGGAUAAGCGUUGUUGGACUCAAUUGUUUGGUAUUUCUCGCCCACUACAAGAAGUAAGAAACUACAUUGGUACCGUGAGAUUUGGGGUAUUUGGUCUGCUGGUGGAAGCUAAUAAAGCUUUGAGUUCAAAAGGCAACGUUUAGCAAAUGCA